AUGACGUCCGCAGUGCCCACUGCCACGUCACUAACAACAACGCCCACGACAGAAGAUGAUGCGGCCUUCAAUUUCGACGUCUACAUGUAUCUCCUGCCGCUCAUCGUCAUCUUCGGACUGUCCGGCAACGUCAUCUCACUGGUCACCAUCUUCCACUCAAGACUCCGAAGGGUAAACGUUUUUUGGGCCAGCCUUCUGAUAAUCGGGGAGCUUCCAGGUGAACGCGAACAUCUACCUCAUCGUGCUGACCCUCGCCGACAGUGUAUUCCUGACCGGCAUUCUGCUCAUCUGCUUCAAAGUCGACUGGAUCGCCUACGAGUACUGUGUGGGCCUCGAGUACGUGCUCAUGACCGCCUCCUACAUCUCGAGUUGGUCGACAGCCGCGCUCACUAUCGAACGGUACCUGGCCAUCGCCCAUCCGUUAUCUCACAUGAAGGUGAGUGCUUCUCGUGGGAUCGGAUCUAAUGAUUACUUUCCAGUACGGCCAUGUGGAUAGAGCAAAAGUGAUGAUGUACUGGGUUCCCAUCCCAUUCAUCCUCCAGCUAUUCCAGUUCUUCUCUUUGGAACCGGCGACCGAGGAGAGAAAGUGUGCACUAAAGGAGGCCAACUAUCAGAUCAUCGCGCAGGCAGUGGAUACCGUUCUCUGCUACGUCGUCCCUUGCGGAAUCAUCGUCGUUCUCAAUAUUCUGGUGGCUGUUCAAGUCCAGAAAUCGCAGGAGCACUUUAAUGAAGAGACGAAGAAGAGCAACUCGCGAAGGACGGGCGGCUCGUCCUCCUCUUCCGGUACUUGGACCCGAAUCCUCUGGGUGAUGCCUUUAGUGUUCGUCGUGCUGAACACGCCGUUCUACGUCAUCAUGAUGAUCGAGAUCGUCUUUCAAAUCAUUUACCAAUCGCCGCCCUCCUUCGACACCCGAACCGAGCUGUUUGUGGUGAGUUCUGUUCCAACCGCAACGUCUCCUGAUCUAGAAUAUUAUUGUUGCAGACAAUCUACAACACUGCUCAUUAUAUGUAUUACAUGAACACGGCCAUCGACGUGCUCGUCUACGCGUUUUCGAGGUAAGAGAUCAGAGAACAGAAGAAGGAAACGAGGGGGUCCAGACGACUUCCGGGCGUCUAAUCGUUUCCAAUUUCAGUGCAAACUUCCGGAAGACGGCCGUGAUCGCGUGGAAAAGGAUCCUCUGUCCCGGAUACGCGGAACGUCAAAAGGGCAAGGUUGGUUUGGGGCUCUCCCUCCGAAACUAUUUCCGUUGGCGAUUAACGAUCUCUUCCCACACCUAUUCUCCUGAUUUACUAUAACUUAUUUUGUCUUUUCCUUACUGACAUCUCAUCUCUUUUAACAGCGCUUUCUGCUCGCCGUCUCCGCCUCGAUCCGACAAUGUGUGCAGCAAACGGUCGACUGGCUGCCACGUCACCAACCAUCGCAUAGAGUAAGACGGAAUGGCGACUCUGUCAUCCUCUACAUCUAUAUUCUCACAUUCUCAAUCCGCUUGCCUUCAGAUGCAUGCUCUUCUGAACCCCUCUUUCUCUUCUUUUUCACGCACGUGACUCAAAUCGCAAUCCUUUCAUCGUUGUUUAUGUGGGAAUCUUGAACGAAAACAAAAUAAGACAAAAAACAAUACUUAGAAAAGAGUUCGGAAUGCUAAUUUCUGAAUGAUCGUGACGCAUUCGAUGUUUUUGGUAUGAAACCGUCGGAGUUUCUUGUUGUAACGCACACCUCCGCAUUCUCAUCCAAAUUUUGAUCGUUCCUCGUUUACAGGUAAUCGUCACCGAUCAAACGUCCCGCUUCUCGUACCGAAUGACCUCGGAACGAAGUACGAUCCGGAUGACGACGCCUUCGCGAACGCUUUCCACCACGAAGAAACCCGCUACGGCAGCCGUUUCCGUCCCGCUCCUCGGCACUGAAAUCCAUGUGCAAACGAUCGAAUCUACGGCCAUUUGA